GAGCAGUCCCGAGGAAGCGUGCGCUGAGAGCCCAUGAUCGUCUCUAGUCGGCUAUCUGUGGCAGAACAUUUGUAUUUUUUUGGAACGAACGGUUUACCUAUACAACAACUCAACUCAAGAUUUAUUGACGAUGUCACAACUUACGUCAUUGUUUUAUCAAGGGUUGGAUAUUGAGGAUUUCUCAAGGAUUUCUGUUUCCUUUUUCAGCUUUAAAUAAUUUCUCAGGAUCUUAUAAAUUCCGUUCCCCAUUACGUGGAUUAAAACGGUGAAAGGAAGAGUUGGAGCAUCACACCUCAUCAGAAUCAUGAGACAAACUGGGACAUCAUCUUUCCGCUUCUGCACUCUUCAACUCACAGUGUUGUUGGCAGUUUUUUCAUCUGAAAUUACAUUUGUUACAGCUGGGAAUUCAAACCCAAGCCUCGGAACAAACUCUUCCAUUGGCAACCAAACUAAUAGGAAGUGUGAUUCAGUGGAUACUGAAUGCAAAGUGGGUGUCAUUCUGCCCAUAUGGUUACCAGAGAACCCAUCCUUUGGUGAUAAACUGGCAAGAGCCACAGUUUACUUUGUGGCCUUGUUUUACAUGUUCCUGGGGGUCUCUAUCAUUGCGGAUCGCUUCAUGGCGUCCAUCGAGGUAAUUACAUCACAAGAGAGGGAGAUCACCAUCAAGAAACCAAAUGGCGAAAAAGUGACAACCACUGUGCAUGUAUGGAAUGAGACGGUGUCCAACCUGACCCUUAUGGCCCUGGGUUCCUCAGCCCCGGAAAUCCUACUGUCCGUCGUUGAGGUGUGCGGUCACAACUUUGACGCAGGUGAUCUGGGCCCGAACACCAUCGUUGGUAGUGCUGCCUUCAACAUGUUCGUUAUCAUUGGAUUCUGUGUUUCUGUCAUUCCUGAUGGAGAGCACCGGAAAGUCAAACAUUUGAGGGUAUUUUUUGUUACCGCCACCUGGAGUAUAUUUGCAUACACCUGGCUUUAUCUCAUCUUGGCUGUCAUCUCUCCGGGCAUCGUACAGGUGUGGGAGGGCCUUGUCACACUGUUCUUCUUCCCGUUAUGUGUUGGGAUGGCUUACGUCGCGGAUCGCAGACUUCUUGUCUAUAAGUACAUGUACAAACGCUACCGCGCAGGGAAACGAAGAGGGGUGAUCAUUGAGACGGAAGGGGAGGCUCAAAUACCUUCAAAGAUGGACAUUGAAAUGGACGGGAAAAUGCUCAACUCAGAGAGCUUCAUGGACGGAGCGAUGGGUUUCGAUGAGAAGGACCUGGAUGAGGAGGAGGCCAGAAGGGAAAUGGUCCGGAUCCUGAAGGAACUGAAGCAGAAGCAUCCAGAGAAGGAGAUGGAGCAGCUGAUAGAACUGGCCAACUACCAGGUAUUGACACAGCAGCAAAAGAGCCGCGCCUUCUACCGAUGCCAGGCUACCAGGAUCAUGACGGGAGCAGGGAAUGUACUGAAGAAGCAUGCAGCAGACCAAGCCAGGAAAGCUGUUGGUGCGUACGAGAUCCGCUCCGAAGUUUCUGAGGAUGACUUUUCGUCAAAGGUCUUUUUUGACCCCGGUACAUACCAGUGCUUGGAGAACUGCGGUACAGUGGCCUUGAAUGUAGUACGCCUUGGUGGGGACUUGACUAACACUGUUUCAGUGGAAUACCGUACCGAAGACGGCACAGCCAAUGCCGGUUCGGACUACCAGUUCACUGAGGGCGUUGUGGUGUUCAACCCCGGUGAGACUGAGAAGGAGAUCCGGAUAGACAUCAUUGAUGAUGACAUCUUUGAGGAGGAUGAGCAUUUUCUGGUCCACCUUAGCAACGUGAAGGUCAUAUCGGAGGGGACUGGCUACGUACAACCAAGGGCUAAUCACUUGGACACUUUGGCGGGCCUUGGCCUACCCUGCUCAGCCACCGUGACUAUCUUUGACGAUGACCAUGCCGGGAUCUUUACUUUUGAAGAACCGGUAAUGACCGUAAGCGAGAGUAUCGGCAUGAUGGAAGUAAAGGUUCUUCGUACCUCAGGAGCGCGGGGACUAGUGGUCGUACCCUACAAGACCAUGGAGGGUACAGCAAAAGGAGGGGGAAAAGACUUUGAAGAUACGCACGGAGCGCUGGAAUUCCAGAACGAUGAGAUUUUCAAAACUAUACAGAUCAAUAUAAUUGAUGACGAGGAGUAUGAGAAAAACAAGAACUUCUUCCUUGAGAUGGGAGAACCUCGGCUGCUGGAGAUGAGUGAGAGGAAAGCUGUGUUGCUUCAAGAAAUUGGUGGAUUCGUGAAGACAGACAAAAGGCUUUAUGGCAGGGACGUCUACCGGAAAGUGCAGGGUAGGGAUAACCCUGUCCCUGCCACCAUUAUCAGCAUUGCAGAGGAAGGGGACGAGGAAGCUAUCUCCAAGAAGGAGGAGGAGGAACGGCGCAUCGCUGGGAUGGGCCGGCCCACCCUGGGUGAGCACGUCAAACUGGAAGUCGUCAUCGAGGAGUCGUAUGAGUUCAAGAACACAGUGGAUAAGCUGAUUAAGAAGACCAACUUGGCUCUAUUGAUUGGAACCAAUAGCUGGAGGCAGCAGUUUAUGGAAGCUAUCACAGUCAGCUCUGGCGAUGAUGAUGAGGACGAGUGCGGCGAGGAGAAGCUGCCCUCCUGCUUUGAUUACGUCAUGCACUUCCUCACCAUCUUCUGGAAGCUCCUGUUCGCAUUUGUGCCGCCCACCGACUACUGGAACGGCUGGGCCUGCUUCGUGGUCUCCAUCAGUAUGAUUGGCCUGCUCACCGCCUUCAUUGGAGACCUGGCCUCCCACUUUGGCUGUACCGUGGGCCUCAAGGACUCCGUGACCGCCGUGGUGUUUGUGGCGCUCGGGACGUCUGUGCCAGAUACAUUUGCCAGCAAGGUAGCCGCAAUCCAGGACCAGUACGCCGAUGCCUCCAUCGGCAACGUAACGGGCAGCAAUGCCGUCAACGUCUUCUUGGGCAUCGGCGUGGCCUGGUCCAUCGCCGCCAUCUACCACAAUUCCAAGGGCAACGACUUCCGGGUGGACCCGGGCACCCUGGCCUUCUCCGUCACCCUAUUCACCAUCUUCGCCUUUGUCGCCGUGGCCGUGCUCAUGUACCGGCGCCGGCCCGAGAUUGGGGGCGAGCUGGGUGGGCCCCGUGGCCCCAAAAUCGCAACCACCUGUCUCUUCUUCAGCCUGUGGCUCAUGUACAUUGUAUUCUCCUCCCUGGAAGCUUAUUGCCACAUCAAGGGUUUCUAACUUCUCUAUAAAGUAUCUGACAGCAAGAUUCAAAAAGGAAUAAUUAAAAGAUCUAAGAAAGCCAUAGCUUCGAGAGUCUUCAAAAGCUUCUGAAAGAUCUUUGAAAGCUUCUUAGUCUUUGAAAGCUUCUAUAAGGUCUAAUAAAGCUAUCCAAAAGUAUUUGAAAGCUUCUAAAAUAUAUUUUAAAGCUUUUUAGUCUUUAAAGCUUCUAAAAUAUAUUUUAAGGCUUCUAAAAAGAACCACUUUAUUGACAUCCAAGGUCUUUAUCCUAAAUCUAACAUCCAUGACUCUGCAUAGCCUUCUAUCUCGUCCUAUGCUUAAGCCAUCUACUGCCACAUCCAAGACAUCCGAAGCAUCCACUACUACAACUAAGGCCUCUGAACCAACACCAGCAGGAUGGUGGCCCAAAAAUAGUUUUUUUUUUUUUUUUACUAUUCAUUUAGUGUUUGUCCUCUAGCUCCUUCAAUCCUGUUGUUUCAGCUUUAUUUUAAAUGGAAGCUAUCUGUUGACUUUCAUUGGAUCAAGACUCCUAAGGCUGUGUAUCCAAUGUGUACUUUCGGAUGAAGCAAAAACGCAUGCUUGUUUGGUUAUACAGAACUUCAAAGCUGGGCAUAAAACUGCUGCUGGUUGGCGUCCACAAUUUCUGUUCUGUUCUGUGCCCCCCCCCCCCCCCCCCCAAAAAAAACUACACAAAUUUGUCAUAAUAUUCCUGUAACACAGAAACGUGAGUGGUUGUUUAAAUGGGGCGGCAGGGUAGCCUAGUGGUUAGAGCGUUGGGCUAGUAACCGAAAGGUUACAAGUUCAAAUCCCCGAGCUGACAAGGUACAAAUCUGUCGUUCUGCCCCUGAACAAGGCAGUUAACCCACUGUUCCUAGGCCGUCAUUGAAAAUAAGAGUUUGUUCUUAACUGACUUGCCUAGUUAAAUAAAAAAAAGGUUAAAAAUGUAAGUCGCUCUGGAUAAGAGCGUCUGCUAAAUGACUUAAAUGUAAAUGUAAAUGCAAAGAGCAUUUGGAUGAUAAAUGCAUAGUUACUUAGGUAAAAACUUGAAUGAGGCUAUAGCUCAUUUUAUUUCUACACUGUACUGUUGCAGUGAUGACUGUAUCUCUAAUAUUACAGAAACUAAAGAAACCUUUCCUUAGAAUGUCUUGAUAUAAAAUGUCACUAAUGCACAUGUUACAUAUUAUAAUUUUUCCCCCACUAAACAUUUAUCAGCAACAAUACUAUAACACUAGACAAGUCAAUAAAUAAUGAAUUAGAGGUGAAAUAAGCAUAAUGGCUUUGUGAAAUGUACUGUCUAAAGGUCGGUGACUACACAUUGUACAUGACUUGAUUUAUAUCAUAUGAUGUCUUCUAUGAUCUUUCUUUUCAUUGAGUAAAACAUAUUUCAUUCAGUCGGCUGUGUCUGCUAGCAGACCGUUUUUACAAUGAAGAGAUUGUGAGAUCGCUAUAGAGUGGAGACCACAAUGCACUGAGAUCUUUUGUCAAAAGGUGAUCUAAAUUUUCACUAAAAUACAUUUACCACAAUUUACAAAUUAAAUAUAAUUGUAAAACAAAAAUUAAACUGCGUGAAUUGAAAUCAACAAGUUGUUUUAUCAAAAAAAAAAAAAAAUCGGAAGGAAUGAGCCAAGAUAUCUUUCAGUGGAAGAUUUUUGAAAAUGUUUUUAGGAAAAUGAAUCAACCUUUUCUAGCGCGGUUGGACAGGUUGAAGCUCUUUUGAUAUUCUUAUCAGACCUCUUAUGACAAGGAUUAUAUCCUAUACAGUAUGGAGCUUCCAUAUUUGGGUAAAUAGGGCUUUUAAGACUUCUAUCAUUGCCAUAUCAAGAAGAUAAAGUCCAGAAAAUAUAUAGUAUGCCAUGGAUGGGCAACUGGCGACCAUCCUUUUGUAGGCCUGCGGACCAAAAAAAACGAAUUCUUAGGAGUUAGUUAAGUUAAGUCGGGGUCUCAACUUACUGUUGAAGGUUAGAAUAAAGAAUACACAAGAUGCAAUUUCGAAAUGGGGUUGUGCAUCAGCAGUCACUCAAUUAGCCCAUGUCAGCUAAAUGUUUUUUGAUUGGUAAGUUAGUCUAGUGGCCAGCGGUCUAAACUUGUAGUAAGCAUGGUCGAAUUACCAACCAGGGUGGUCCCAUUGAUUAUCAGUUAUCAUAUUAAAAACUGCUAACAUUUGCAUCCACCCAAUGGCAAAAUGGGUAGAAUUGCAUGAAAUUAGCUGUAAAACUGCUAAUUGUUUUCUCCAGCCCAUGGCAAAAUGAGUAGAAUUGCAUGAAAUGAGUUAUAAAAUAAAAAUAUAUUCUCUCUGCCCUGUGGCAAAAUGUGUAGAAUUGCAGAGAACUUGCUUUAAAACGGCAACAUUUUCUCUACGCCCCAUGGCAAAAUGUGUAGAACUGCAGGAAAGAAACUUGAAAACUUAAGAUGUUUCUCUUCGCUGUCACAACGGUGCUUUGCUGGUCGGUGGGUGGUAUGGAUGUGGGCACGCAGACCCACGACCCACUGCUGCCCCUCAUGAUGAGUUCCGUUGCCCAUCCCUGUAGUAAGCUAUCAAGAUCUCCAAGACAGAGACUGCCAAUCCCUUUAUAUAUGUGAUCUUUCAUUUGGUCUGUUAACCACCGCAGGUGACAGACAAAACAACACAAACUCUUCAGUUGUGCUUCUUUCACGGAAAAUUCAUCAAGAAUGUCCUGCGCGUCAAGUUUUGUCAUAUACGUUGUCGUCGAUUCUUUGUCCAGGCGUGCGGCGAUGUUCACUUUAGCGCUGUGGUGAGCAUAGUGUGCUAGCGUUAACUCUGGCUGAACCAUCCUCAACGUUGGAUUAUCAAUGUGCUGCUUGUGAACUAUAUGCAUGAGAGUAAACAUAACUGUAUAUGAUAAGCCGUAGUUAUCGUUAACAUUAGGGGACACGUGUUAAUAAUGACUAGUAAUGGAUUUGGGUUGAUUUAGUUAGUUUUUUGUGUGUUUGCUCCUAGAACAAUGUUAUCUGAAAGACUCCACUUCUUUAAAGUGAUGUGAACAAAUCAUUUCUUAUUUGUAUGAAAGGCAAUAUCUCAUACUCUUGAGUUGAUGAAAUAGUUAUUUGUACUGUCCAAAGCUAUAUUGCUCUGCUUUAGUUUGCUGAUGUCAAGAUUGAGGAAAAGACGAAGCAGUACUUUGUACUUUUUUUGUAUAUAAUGUACAGUGUUGUCAAAGUGAGGUAGUUGGCCUCAAUGUUGAAAAUAUAAGAUUCAAGCUAUUUAUUUUCCUACCCUUUUGGGGACACAAGAAUAGCUAAUGUUGCCUUCCAGGGGAGCCACGUUUGAAUUGACGUCCCCCCCUCUUUUCCUCACAUAUUUCUGAAUGAGUCUGGGUGGUUCUUGUCCUUGUUGAGGUAUUUUGAUCCUUUCUUGCAAUGGAAGUUGUCCUGUCGUCAAUACAUUCAGGGGCCAAAACGGAUACUACAAACCGACUACAGAGUGAAUUCAGCCAAAUCUAAAAAAAUUAAAUAAAAAAUAGCAUUCCCUUUACCAGUACUGUGUGAAUGUAUGGUAUUGUAACUUCUUACACAGUUUUGACUGGUUUAAACAAAACAAAAGGAAUCAAGCCCAAUUUUUUUCUCUCACAUUAGGAACAUUGAUUCACUAUUAGGACAGCUGAUGCUCAAAAAAAAAACUAUAUUGUGGCUUCUGUUUAUUUCACCUUUCUCAUUGUUCCUACUGGUGAUGUCACACACAUUGACAAUAUUUGAUUAAUUCACUCUUCCUCAGCUCGUCACAAGCCUAGGCCCAUCUCUAGACAAAUUGUUUUAUGUAUUAACAUUGGUCAUACAUACUGUAUAGCCUUGUCCCCUUCUGUAACUGUGCUGUAGCCAACUUUCUAUUCUUCCAUCCUUGUCAAGCUAUACAUACACUAUAUAUACAAAAGUAUGUGGACACCCCUUCAAAUUUAAUGGAUUUGACUAUUUCAGCCACACCAGUUCCUGACAGGUGUAUAAAAUCGAGGACACAACCAUGCAAUCUCCAUAGACGAACAUUGUCAGUCGAAUGGCCUUACUGAAGAGCUCAGUGACUUUCAACGUGGCACCGUCAUAGGAUGCCGACUUUACAACAAGUCAGUUUGUCAAAUUUCUGCCCUGCUAGAGCUGCCCCGGUCAACUGUAAGUGCUGUUAUUGGGAAGUGGAAACAUCUUGGAGCAACAACGGCUCAGCCGCGAAGUGGUAGGCCACACAAGCUCACAGAACGGGACAGCUGAGUGCUGAAGCACAUAGCGCGUAAAAAUAGUCUGUCCUCGGUUGCAACACUCACUACUGAGUUCCAAACUGCCUCUUGAGGCACCAUCAGCACCAUAACUGUUCGUCGGGAUCUUCAUGAAAUGGGUUUCCAUGGCUGAGCAGUUGCACACAAGCCUAAGAUCACCACGCGCAAUGCCAAUUGUCGGCUGGAGUGAUGUAAAGCUCGCCGCCAUUGGACUCUGGAGCAGUGUAAACACGUUCUUUGGAGUGAUGAAUCACCCUUCACCCUCUGGCAGUCUGACGGAUUAAUCUGGGUUUGGCGGAUGCCAGGAGAACACUACCUGCAUACUGCCAACUGUAAAGUUUGGUGGAGGAGGAAUAAUGGUCUGGGGCUGUUUUUCAUGGUUCGGGCUAGGCCCCUUAGUUCCAGUGAAGGGAAUCUUAAUGCUACAGCAUACAAUGACAUUCUAGAGAUUCUGUGCUUCCCACUUUGUGGCAACAGUUUGGGAAAGGCCCUUUCCUGUUUCACAUGACAAUGCCCCAGUGCACAAAGUGAGGUCCAUACAGAAAUGGUUUGUUGAGAUCAGAUGAAUUGGGAUGAAUUGGAAUGCCGACUGUGAGCCAGGCCUAAUCGCCCAACAUCAUUGUCCGACCUCACUAAUACUCUAGUGGCUGAAUGGAAGUAAGACCCCGCAGCAAUGUUACAACAUCUAGUGUAAAGCCUUCCCAGCAGAGUGGAGGCUGUUAUAGCACCAAAGGGGGACUAACUCUAUAUUAAUGCCCAUGAUUUUAGAAUGAGAUGUUCGACAAGCAGGUGUCCACAUACUUUUGGUCAUGUAGAGGAUUUGGCAAAAGCGCAAACAGACUGGACCACAAGGCUAGGUAAUACAAACACCAUAUUUGUCUCAGAAUGCUUGUUCUAUAGGUUUCAUUUCGUUUUUUUUUUUUUUUUAUCAGGGUUUUUGGUUUAAAUGUAUUUGUUUGCUGUAAAAUGUAUUUGAAUGUAAUUCUUUUUUCUUUCAUUGUGCAUGCAAAACAGGAGGGGCGUACACAAUCUGUAAUGUGUACCAAGGCUCAAUUAGUUCUGUCACAGAAAAUAAAAGGUUUGAAACCGA